AUGGCUCUCUCCAGGAUCUGUCGGGAGUCCGUGCUGGUGCUGUUGCUGCAGAUCGUGCUGAUUUGCUCCGCUCAGAGGGGCCCGGUCGGUCCCAGAGGGCCCGUGGGGCCGCCCGGAGCAGCCGGCGUGGCCGGUGUGGAUGGCAUUGAUGGUCCUGACGGUGAUAACGGCAGAGACGGAGUUCCUGGAGCUCCGGGCCUUCCAGGCGCAGAUGUCGUCAUUGCGUCAUUUAACCCCGGUGUUCGGUUAUUGGUAAAUGCUGCCGUGCGGGCAGAGGACCUGUUGGACCUCCUGGGGAUCCAGGCCCAGUGGGGCCACAGGGGUCAAAGGGAGAUCCUGGGGUACGAGGGCCUCCUGGGGAGCCGAUCUCAGCUCGGGGGGAAAGCACGGGAGGGCGAGCCGACAGGGAUCACCGGUUCACGCUCAAAUGCUGCUCGCAAGGGUAUCCCUGGUACAGACGGGCUACCAGGCGAACUGGGCAAAGUUGGAGCCCCUGGACUUCCAGGCGUGUAUCAGGGCGAGGACCUGUGUCCCAACUCCUGCCCCUCUGGUCUGAAUGGACACUCUGGUCUCCCCGGCAUGAAAGGCCACAAAGGGGUCAAGGGUGAAUCGGGUGAACCCGGAAGACAAGGACACAAGGGAGAGGAAGGUGAUCAAGGACUGCUGGGAGAAGUCGGAGCUCAAGGACUACCAGGCCCAGGUGGACCAAGAGGCCUCCCAGGAAUAAUGGGCUCCAAAGGGGACAGGGGACCUCGUGGAAAGCCCGGUGACGGGGGCCCUCGGGGAAUCCAGGGAGGCCCAGGGGAUCGAGGCCCCCAAGGAAUCAGAGGAGUGCCGGGGCCAAAGGGAGAGCCUGGCCUACUGGGUCCAGACGGUCGUGAGGGAAUACCUGGGCUGCCAGGAUCCAAGGGUCUUCCAGGGAAAAAUGGGGCUCCAGGUGACGCUGGCCUACAAGGACUCCCUGGUUUGCCGGGCUCUUACGGCCAAAAAGGACACAGUGGUGCGAAGGGUACCACAGGUGGACCAGGGGCUGUAGGUAUGAUGGGAUAUUCAGGGAAACAAGACAAAAACCGGCCUUCUGACGUCUUAUUUGUUUCCAGGGAGAGCGUGGCGACAAGGGAGAGGUGGGACCUGUCGGACCCAGAGGAGGACCAGGUGAACGAGGACAUAGAGGGCCUGAAGGGCCUCCAGGAUCACCAGGAGCCAGGGGAAGCAAAGGGGAUCCGGGCCUUCCAGGACUUCCUGGCCCUGCUGGUUUUCGUGGCCAGAAAGGAGACAGGGGUGCAGUCGGUGUUGAUGGGCCUAAGGGAGACCAGAUCUGCCGUGCCUGCUUCCUUCCAGGGACCUUCAGGUGCUGAAGGGACACCAGGAGACAGAGGAGACUUGGGUGACCAAGGAGAACUGGGAGAGAAAGGAUCGACAGGCCCACCAGGAGACACGGGAAAUAAAGGACCUGAGGGCGGCCGAGGACAGCAGGGGAAAGAGGGCAAGCUGGGCCAACCGGGACCUCGCGGCAUGCAGGGCGACAUGGGGGUACCAGGCCUCCCAGGAGCGCAGGGACCAGCGGGAAAAUCACCGACAGAUACACACAUCAAACAAGUCUGCAUGAGGGUAAUGCAAGAGCAGCUGGCCCAGCUAGCAGCCAGCCUGAGCAGGCCUGAGUCGGGCAUCGCCGGGCUGCCCGGUCCCCCCGGCCUGCCUGGACCUCCGGGCCCCUCCGGGGAGAACGGCUUCCCCGGACAUACCGGAUCACGAGGACUUCCCGGUCUGAAGGGUCCGCCUGGGCUAAUGGGUCGCAAAGGGCCCAAAGGUGACCAGGGGGACAGUGGCGACAGAGGACCCACAGCGAGAGGACCCAAAGGAGCGCCGGGUGCCCCCGGUCUACCAGGUGAACCGGGCCGACCGGCUUACGGCAAAGACGGCCGUGACGGAGAGAGGGGACCUCGCGGCGUUUCCGGAACUCCCGGCGUUCCUGGGCCUCCUGGCCCCGCCGGUCUGAACGGUUACUGUGAGUCGUCGCAGUGCGUCCUGCCAAUGGUGGCGUCGCCGGUUUCAGCAAAGGACUCCGGCAUGAAGGGCCCCAGUGAGAUGUGAGGAGGGGCCAGAGCUGAGCCGGGGGAGAACUGAGAGACUGGAGGAGAAAGCAGAACUCCAUGGAAGAUUUGUCCAUUCGGGUUU